AUAGGCCCCCUGCUCCUGCCCCUUCUCUUGCUGGGGAUGGUUGCUGCUCUCCAUCGGGAGAAUAAUGGCCCCAGUCUGGACAGCCGAGAGACACAGGCAGACCUGAGUCAGAAUCUGGAAUGUUCAGGGGAGCAGGAGGGAGACUCGGCUCUGACCCAGGAAGUGAUUCAGUCUGAGGGAGAGGAGACCAAGCCUUCCGGAUAUCAGGACACAUUUGAGGAUGAGGAGGCCAUGGAUUCCGACCCAGCUGCCCUAGACAAGGACUUGCAGUGCCCCGAAGAAGAGGACACAGUCUAAAACCCGGGCAGUACUGGGUGCAAGACUUGCUGCUUCCUAUUGGUGCGGAACCUCGAGAAAUUUGUAAACGCUCAGAAUGUCUGCAGAAGGUGCUGCAGGGACAGCCUUGUCUCCAUACACAACUACAAUUUAGAUUACCGUGUCCUGUGCAGUCAGAGGGUCAACGGAGGCCAGGUCUGGAUAGGAGGCAUGCUCAAGGGCUGGUUCCUGUGCCGGAGAUUUCAUUAGACUGAUAGGAGCUGCGGGAAUUUUGGGUACUGGGCCCCAGGGCAGCCUGCGAAUGGGGGAGGCAACUGUGUGGCCCUAUGCACCAGAGGAUUAGUGACAAGCCACGGCAACCCCAGCAGGGUUGGCGCGUUGGGGAUGCGGCAGGGCCCAGCCAGUGGCUGUCGCUACUACAGACAACAGCCGUCCAUCUAG